CCGGGGCAGCCGCUGCCGCCCGCGCUGCCCCCUCCUCGCCGCCCUGCCCUGCCCGCCGUCCCCCUCCUCCGUCCCGCCCAAGCCAUGAACUUUGGCCGCGGUCCCUCGGUGGUGUUGAACGUCGGGGGCACCCGGUACUCCUUCUCCCGGGAGGUGCUGAAGGAUUUCCCGCUGCGCCGGGUGAGCCGCCUGCACGGCUGCCUCUCGGAGAAGGACGUUCUGGAGGUGUGCGACGACUACGACCGGGAGCGGAACGAGUACUUCUUCGACAGGCACUCGGAGGCCUUCGGCUUCAUCAUGCUGUACGUCCGGCACGGCCACCUGCGCUUCGUGCCGCACAUGUGCGAGCUCUCCUUCUACAACGAGAUGAUCUACUGGGGGCUGGAGGGCUCCCACCUCGACUACUGCUGCCAGCGCCGCCUCGACGACCGCAUGUCCGAGACGUACACCUACUACGCGGCGGAGGAGCCGAAAGAGGGCAAGGGCCGGCGGCCACCGGGAGCCGAGGGCAGGAAGUGGCUCGAGAGGAUGAGGAGGACUUUUGAGGAGCCCACGUCUUCCGUGGCCGCCCAGGUCCUUGCCACCGUCUCCAUCCUCUUCGUCAUUGUGUCCAUGGUGGUGCUGUGCGCCAGCACUUUGCCCGAGUGGCGGGCGCCGGAGAAUCGCAGCAUGGAGGAGCAGAGCAGGUACACAGCAGAGUCAGUGAGGGAGCCCUCAGGGAUAAUUGAAGCUAUCUGCAUAGGCUGGUUCACUGCAGAAUGCAUUGUGAGGUUCAUCGUCUCCAAAAACAAGUGUGAGUUUGUCAGAAGACCUCUCAACAUCAUUGAUUUGCUGGCAAUUACUCCUUACUACAUCUCUGUUCUAAUGACAGUUUUCACAGGGGAAAAUUCACAGCUUCAGAGGGCUGGAGUCACCUUGAGGGUCUUAAGAAUGAUGAGAAUCUUUUGGGUGAUUAAACUGGCCCGUCAUUUCAUUGGCCUUCAAACACUUGGUCUGACUCUGAAGCGUUGUUACAGAGAGAUGGUGAUGCUACUUGUCUUUAUCUGUGUUGCUAUGGCAAUUUUCAGUGCACUUUCACAGCUUCUUGAAAAUGGGUUGGACUUGGGAACAAAGAAUCAGGAUUAUGCCAGCAUUCCUGCUGCUUGUUGGUGGGUGAUCAUCUCGAUGACCACAGUUGGUUACGGUGACAUGUGUCCCAUCACUGUACCAGGAAGGAUUCUUGGAGGAAUUUGUGUGGUUAGUGGCAUCGUUUUAUUAGCCCUGCCAAUCACUUUCAUUUAUCACAGCUUUGUGCAAUGCUACCAUGAGCUCAAGUUCCGAUCUGCUAGGUACAGUAGAAGCCUCUCUGCUGAAUUCUUAAAUUGACCCAAC